AUGUAAUGAAGUUGUGACGAGGAACUAACCGAAUGGAAAGUGAAGUUUCACAAGACCAACAGUAACUGACUGUGUAACGUGUUAGCAACACAUGAACACUUUAAGUCCCGCUUUUUUUCACUAAAGAAGGGAAAUAAACCAUUUACCAUAGAUAUCAAUUCUUUCAGGGAUUAGCGUCUGAAAGCAGCGAUGGCUCCUUCUCUGGCCCAGGCCUAUCGUAGGCGGUGGUGGAUGGCGGUGACUGCGGUCAUAGAGAACCUGCUGUUCUCUGCUGUGCUGCUGGGCUGGGGAUCGCUACUCAUCAUGCUCAAGAACGAGGGCUUCUACUCACACCUCUGCAUAAACAAUGAGACAGUGUUCAGUAACAUCAGUUCGUGGGACAGUGGUAUCUGGCAUAGCUGCGUGGACCAGGAAGAGAUGUUGAAUCUGGGCUUUACCAUUGGCUCCUUCCUGCUGAGUGCAGCCACUCUGCCGCUAGGUAUCCUGAUGGACAAGUACGGGCCCCGCCCACUCCGCCUCCUCGGCAGUGCGUGUUUUGCUUUCUCUUGUGCCAUGAUAGCCGGAGCUGCCUAUAACCCUGAAGUACUCUCGGCCCUCAUUUUCAUCGCAGUCUCCUUCAAUGGCUUCGGAGGAAUCUGCCUCACCUUCACCUCCCUCACGUUGCCCAACAUGUUUGGGAACGUGCGCUCCACCAUCCUGUCUCUAAUGAUCGGCUCCUACGCCUCUUCAGCCGUCACCUUCCCUGGAGUCAAGUUGAUCUAUGAUCUAGGUGUGUCCUUCAGGGUGAUUAUGUGGGUGUGGUCGGGGCUAGCCGGUCUCGUCUUCCUCAACUGCUUCCUUAAUUGGCCGGUGGAGUCUUUCCCCGCACCUGAGGACAUCAGCUACACUAAGGAGGUGAAGCUGAGUGGCAUGGUGAUGGAUGACAAGGUGACGGGGGACAGAUUCUACAGUCAUGAGACCACGAUGGAAAAGAAGAUGGCUGCGAAGCAGCAGGAACCAGAUCCCUCGUCAGAGCAGCUCCCAACUGGAGAACAGACACAGGGUGGCCCUCCUUUCCGCAGUUCAGUCUGCUCGCCCAUCUUCCUGUGGAGUCUCAUCACCAUGGCGAUGACCCAGCUACGCAUCAUCUUCUUUAUGGGCGCCAUGAACAAGAUUCUGGAGUUCCUGGUUACCCAUGGCGACCCACACCCCUCUAACGAUCUAUUGAUGGAGGCAGAGCAACAAGUGGGUUUCUACUCGUCAGUGUUUGGCUCUCUGCAGCUGCUCUGCCUGCUCACCUGUCCUCUGAUUGGCUACAUCAUGGACUGGAGGAUGAAGGAGUGCGACGUAGACCAGAGCCAACCUGAACCCCCGAAGAGAGACAGGAAGAUCCAGAAACUGACCAACGCCAUCCGCGCUUUCAUCAUCACCAACUUUCUACUGGUCACCUUUGGAGUCAUCCAGAUGAUAGACAACCUGCCUGUACAGAUAAUUUCCUUCAUCGUCCACACCAUGGUCAGAGGUUUCGUCCACUCCUGUGCUGGAGGACUCUAUGCUGCUGUAUAUCCGUCCAAUCACUUUGGGACAUUGACGGGGAUGCAGUCGAUGAUCAGCGCGCUAUUCGCUCUCCUCCAGCAGCCUCUUUUCGUCAUCAUGGUGGGACACCUGGGAGGAGACCCCUACUGGAUCAAUCUGAGCCUGCUCAUUGCCUCAUUGGCUGGAUUCCUGUUGCCCGGAUACCUGAUCUAUCACCGUAGGAACCUGAUGCGAGAGAAGGUGGAGGAGUGUGAGAGGGAGGCCGCUAACCAGUCAGAAAGAGAGAGACAAACCUUAUUGCAAUCAGAAAAUGGCCAUACCAAAAACCAUACUAAUGGACAUCUCAGCAAUUAAGCUUCAGAAUCUUGACCAAACUAGCUGUCAAAUAUCAUAGUCGUUAAUUGUAAAAUAUCAUUAUAGACCAUCGUCAUGACGAUGACAAAUUAUGGUUGUCAUUUUCGACAAGGACAGUGAUGACGAUAUUGUUUGGACAUGUCGCCCUUUGUCACGUCCUGACAAGCAGAGGGAGUAGUGGUGUAGUAUUUUGGUCAGGACGUGGCAGAAGAAGUCUGUAUGGGUUGUCUAGUAUGCCUGUUUCUGGGUUAGUCUUGUGACUCCUGAUCAGGAACAGCUAGGGAUCGUUGUUCCUGAUUGGGAGUCAUAUAUUUAGGAGUAUGUUUGUCACUUGGGUUUGUGGGUGGUUGUGCUAACACUGCUAGUCUUUUGUUUGUAGUAAGCAUGUUAGCCUGUCGUGAGUGCCGUGUGUAUUGUUUUCCUGUGUAUACUUUGCUUUAAUGUAUUUAGUUUGGUCCAUACACCACGGCUUCAACUACUGUGACAGAACCACCCACCUAAACAAGACCAAGCAGCGGAAAAAGGAGAGGAACGCUGAGUACAUGGACUAUGGUGAGAAAUGGACCUGGGAGGAGAUCUUGGAGGGAAAAGGCUCCUAC